CCGCCGCUCCCGCCUCGGGCUCGGGCUCGGGCUCCGGGAUGUCCGCGUUGUGCGACCCUCCCGGGGCCCCAGGGCCUCCCGGGCCCGCCCCGGCCACCCACCCUGGUCCCGCGCCGCUCAGUGCCCAGGAGCUGUCCCAGGAAAUCAAGGCCUUUCUGACCGGCGUGGACCCCAUUCUGGGCCACCAGCUCUCCGCCCGGGAACAUGCUCGUUGUGGUCUCCUCCUCCUCCGCUCUUUGCCACCUGCUCGGGCUGCCGUGCUCGACCACUUGCGAGGGGUCUUUGACGAGAGUGUCCGGGCCCACCUGGCCGCCCUGGACGAAAGCCCCCUGCCUGGCCCCCCUCACCUCCGCCCACCGCCACCCUCCCACGUCCCUGCCGGGGGACCUGGUCUAGAGGAUGUGGUACAGGAAGUGCAGCAGGUACUGUCUGAGUUCAUCCGGGCCAACCCGAAGGCAUGGGCACCGGUGAUCAGUGCGUGGUCCAUUGACCUCAUGGGGCAGCUGAGCAGCACGUACUCAGGGCAGCACCAGCGUGUGCCCCAUGCCACGGGCUCUCUGAACGAAUUGUUGCAGCUGUGGAUGGGCUGUCGGGCCACCCGCACGCUGAUGGACAUCUAUGUGCAGUGCCUCUCGGCGCUCAUUGGGAGUUGCCCAGAUGCCUGCGUGGAUGCCUUGCUGGAUACGUCCGUCCAGCACUCUCCACACUUCGAUUGGGUCGUGGCGCACAUCGGCUCCUCUUUUCCCGGCACCAUCAUCUCCCGCGUUCUCUCGUGUGGCCUCAAGGACUUCUGUGUUCACAGUGGGGCUGGAGGCGGCGCUGGUGGUAGUGGCGGAAGCUCUUCUCAGAACCCUUCCGCGGACCCCUUCCCGGGAUCUCCUGCUGUCCCUGGGGACAAACGGGUGCCCAAGAUCGCCUCGGUGGUGGGCAUCCUGGGGCACCUGGCCUCCCGCCACGGAGACAGCAUCCGACGAGAGCUCCUGCGCAUGUUCCACGAUAGCCUGGCUGCGGGCACGGGGGGCCGCAGUGGGGACCCCACCCUGCAGGCCACGGUUCCCUUCUUGCUCCAGCUAGCGGUCAUGUCACCCGCUCUGCUGGGCACGGUGUCCAGCGAGCUGGUGGACUGCCUGAAGCCCCCGGCCGUGCUGAGCCAGCUGCAACAGCACCUGCAGGGCUUCCCCCGAGAGGAGCUGGACAACAUGCUCAACCUGGCCGUGCACCUGGUGAGCCAGGCCUCCGGGCCCGGCGCCUACCGCCUGCUCCAGUUCCUGGUGGACACAGCCAUGCCCGCCUCCGUCAUCACCACCCAGGGCCUGGCGGUGCCAGACACUGUACGCGAGGCCUGUGACCGGCUCAUCCAGCUGCUGCUGCUCCACCUGCAAAAACUGGUUCAUCACCGGGGAGGGUCUCCUGGGGAAGGGGUGCUCGGCCCGCCCCCCCACCCCCGGCCCGUUCCCUUUCUCGAUGCUCUGCGGAACCACGUGGGCGAGCUCUGUGGAGAGACACUGCGGUUGGAACGGAAGCGAUUCCUCUGGCUGCACCAGCUCGUGGGGCUCCUCUCCGUCUACACCCGGCCGAGCUGCGGACCUGAGGCCUUGGGCCAUCUCCUGAGCCGGGCCCGGAGCCCCGAAGAACUGAGCUUGGCUACGCAGCUCUACGCCGGGCUGGUGGUCAGUCUCUCGGGCCUCCUGCCCCUGGCCUUCCGAAGCUGCCUGGCUCGGGUGCACGCGGGGACCCUACAGCCCCCCUUUACUGCCCGGUUUCUCCGCAACCUGGCGCUGCUCGUGGGCUGGGAACAGCAGGGUGGCGAGGGCCCUGCCGCGCUAGGGGCGCGAUUUGGGGAGUCUGCCUCGGCCCACCUGUCCGACCUGGCUCCUCUCCUCUUGCACCCCGAGGAAGAAGUCGCCGAAGCGGCUGCCUCCCUCCUGGCCAUCUGUCCCUUCCCUCCGGAAUCCCUGUCCCCCUCCCAACUCCUGGGACUGGUGAGAGCUGGGGUGCAUCGCUUCUUUGCCUCUCUCAGACUGCAUGGCCCCCCGGGUGUGGCUUCGGCCUCCCAGCUCCUCACCCGCCUCUCUCAGACCUCCCCGGCUGGCCUCAAGACAGUCCUGCAGCUGCUAGUGGAGGGAGCCUUGCAUCGGGGCAACACGGAACUGUUUGGAGGGGAAGCGGAUGGGGACGACGAGACACUCUCUGCCGUCUCGGCUCCUUUGACUUCCGCCUCCCUGUUGGACACAAACCGGCGUCACACGGCAGCGGUGCCAGGCCCGGGAGGCAUCUGGUCUGUUUUCCACGCGGGAGUCAUCGGCCGGGGCCUCAAGCCACCCAAGUGUGUGCAGGCGCGCAACCGACACGAAGUGAUCUAUAACACCCAGAGCCUCCUCAGCCUCCUGGUGCACUGCUGCAGUGCCCCAGGGACCACGGAAUGUGGGGGCUGCUGGGGCGCGCCUGCCCUGAGCCCGGAGGCCGCCAAAGCAGUGGCAGUGACCUUGGUGGAGAGUGUGUGCCCCGACGCGGCUGGUGCUGAGCUAGCCUGGCCCCCGGAGGAGCACGCCCGGGCCACCGUGGAGCGGGAUCUCCGCAUUGGCCGGCGCUUCAGGGAACAGCCCCUGCUCUUCGAGCUGCUAAAGCUGGUGGCCGCCGCGCCACCUGCCCUGUGCUAUUGCUCUGUGCUGCUGCGCGGGCUGCUGGCCGCCCUCCUGGGCCACUGGGAGGCCUCCCGCCAUCCUGAUACAACCCACUCCCCCUGGCACCUGGAGGCAUCCUGCACCCUGGUGGCUGUCAUGGCCGAGGGGAGCCUCCUGCCACCAGCCCUGGGUAACAUGCACGAGAUAUUCAGCCAGCUGGCACCUUUCGAAGUGCGUCUGCUGCUGCUCAGCGUCUGGGGGUUCCUUCGGGAGCACGGGCCCUUGCCCCAGAAGUUCAUCUUCCAGUCCGAGCGUGGCCGCUUCAUCCGGGACUUCUCCAGGGAGGGAGGCGGUGAGGGAGGAGCCCAUCUGGCCGUACUGCACAGUGUCCUCCACCGCAACAUCGACCGCCUGGGCCUUUUCUCCGGUCGAUUCCAGGCGCCUUCAUCCACUCUCCUUCGGCAGGGGACAUAGCCUUGUCUACGCGCCGGAGGCCGAGGGAAUUGGAGCAGAGAGAGAGAGAGAGAGGGGACAAGGGGCUGCAGAAAGGUGGAAGAUCCUCUCAUUCGCUCUUGGCCU